UUAAAACGAGGAAAAGCAAACACAAACUUUCUUUUUCCAUGGAGAAAACAGCCUGUGGAUUUUGCCACAGAGGGCCAGAGGUAGAAGAUAUAUGUGGUAAACUUCAUGUUCAGAAUGUAAAAGGAAAGAAGAUUGCAGCACACCACAAAUGCUUGCAAUACAGUGCACAGCUAGUGCAGUACAAGUUUGACAGUUUUGGUGGAUUCAAAAUCGACAAAGUUUUGGAUGAAAUGAAAAGAGGAAGAUACAUGAGGUGUAGUGUAUGUAAAACAUCAAAAGGGAAGAAGAACAAAGAUGGUUUUCCAAUAGGUGGUGCUACUGCAGGAUGUGCACUUAGGAAUUGCAACAAAACUUUCCACUAUUAUUGUGCUUACUGCAGUAGCACUGCUAUAACUAAACGGAUGUUGAUUAAAUACAAAGAACAGAAUGAACAGGUUGUUAUGUAUAGAGUUUUUUGUUCACCUCAGCAUGAAGCUAAUUUCAGGAAUAACAAAUCUGAACUUUUCUUACCAUUCAGUUCAAAUAUGGACUCAUCUUCUGAAGAAGAGGAGGCCAAUGAAGAUGAACAGAGUAAAUCUGGCAUUAACUCAUCUUCAGAAGAAGAGGAAGAUAUUGAUGAAGACCAGGAAGAAGAUAUUGAAUCUGAUACACAGCAGAAUAAUAAUGCUGUAGCACAACACAAAGAUAAACAUUUUAUGGAUGUUUCCAUUUUAACUCAACCAAGUCCUUCACUAUCAAAACCAGCAAGUAGUAAUGGUAUAUCUUCCAGUAAAUGUUCAAAUUCAAUGUUCACGGACGACGAUGAUGAUGAUGAGGAUGACAAAUCUGAAGAAAUAUCUAACUUACACCUUAUAUUGGAAAAUGAUGACGAUGAAAUCAGUAAACCAAAUAAGGUUAAAGGUGCCAAAAGACAUAAAAUUGUUCCUGAAGUUGACAGUCCUGAUCUUACCCCAAAUAAACUAAGAGUUGAGGCAGAAAUAAACGCAGUAGCAGUAGGAAGCAAUUCAAAGAAAGCAACACCAAAUCUGAAUAAAAAAUCUUUGCCAAGGGCUUCCUUUUUGAAAGACCUGUAUGAAAACUCUUCUGAUGAUGAAAUUAGAGAAGCACCUGAAGAACGUCCUCGUUCAUCCCGUAGAUGUGCAAAAAAUGUAUCUUACAACAAUAGCAACCAACUACCACAAAGCAAUCAAAGGAAUAAAAGAAAACAUUCAGGCAGUGAUGAUUCUAUAGUGCAUAAAAGGAAAACACCGUUGAAAAGGCCUUGCAUCAGCAGUGACGAAUCGGAAGAUUUUCUUUCUGAGAAGGAAAUGAAAAGUAGGAAAAAAAAAAUAAAACAGAAGACAAACAAAACAGAACUUUAUGAUGACUCACCUAAUGACACUGAAUCAAAAGACUCCUUCUUAGACACUCAAAUUGUCUUAAAAGUUCAACAGGAAACUUCAGACAAGCUAGAGGUAAACAUUAUUGAUGUAGAAGAUGGGGAAACAAGCCCUCAACCAUCUACAUCUGUUGUCAGAAAUUUGACAGUUCAACUGGACAGAUUAGAUCCAGCCACAAUAGAGAAGAUGACACCCAAGAAAGACACAUCUUCCAUUCAGAAGCAAAAGGUUGUGAAUACAAGUAGUUUAUCAUUGAAAAAUGUUCGAAAUGAUGGAGAAAACUCUAAGAAGAGUGAAACUGAUGAGAAGAUAAACGAUAAAAGUACGGUUGAAAAGCAGAAAUCUGUACCAACUGGGAAAUAUUUAGACCUUGGGAAUGGUGCUUCUAGUACAGAAUCAGAAACAGAUCAAAACAUAUAUCCCACUUGUGGAUUGAUUUUGACUCAGGAUUUGGAAUGUAGUGACACACAGAGAGUAGAACUGAUGAAACAAGCAGUGCAUGAGUUAAAUAUAAAGGAAGACAAGCUAGCUUUCUGGUUAGAUGCUUUCAAGUUAGAACACCUUCAGAAGGAAAUAAUGCCUCAUCUGAUGAAUGACAUUGGUCAGAUAUUAUGCAAUGAAGGAGAUGACCAGAGCAAGAUUGCUAAGCUUCUGACUAGUGAAGACAAACUCCAUAGCCAGCUUCCUCAUUACAGUUAUGUUCUCAGUCUAUAUAAAUCUAUGGAUAAAUCCAUGGUCAAGAGCAUGCAAGAUAAUGUAUUUAAACAACUCAGGAUAAAUUUAACUAAUGCAUCCAAAAAAUGUGGUUGUACAAUUGGCAAAUUGUUAACGGUUCAGAAUAUGAAUGCCCUUCUCUUGAUAGUGAAUGAUAAACUUGAUCCAAGAGGAUUAAUUAGAAUGAAAAUGUUGCCAGAGCAUACGGAUAGACUUUUCGAAUGUAAACAAUCAACCAAGUUUAAUGUAUUGAAUAAAUUGCCUUCGAAACUACAGCUGGAUGAGGAAAGAUCCAAAAUUGUAAAUUUUGUUAAGCAGGAAUUUCAGCGCAAUUUUUCUUUAAAAGUAAUGCCAUCAGACAGUAUAUUCCAGGUCUCAGAUGAGAGAUCAAAUGUAAAUUCAAUAGCAACGGAUUUGGAAAAAUCCUGCAAGGACGAAGAUACAGAAAAACAAGUUCUUUGUGUUCUUCCAGUGGAUAAAAAUAUACUGAAUUAUUCCCCUUUUUGCAAGAAGGUGCUUGGACAAUUCAUAUGGCAGACUGUUGAAAAUGAAAACCUUAGGAUCAUUGGCAUUAUAGAUAUUGAUCAAACAACACCGACGAUGGAUGACAUUAUUAGUUCUAUUGUUGUAGAAGAACAAGAGUUGAACAUACUGUUAGCAUAUGAUCCGAAGGAAACACCUGUAUCUUGUGCCAUAGUAACUAAUAUUCCUUACAAAGAAGACAAGAUCGGGGUUGGAAGAAAAGUUGUAGCUCCAGAAGUAAAAGAUUCUGUCAGUACACCAAGGCAACAUUUACCUCUUAUUAAAAUUAGAAAAGAGGUGACUCAGGUUAUACGAUCCUCCCCAAGAAAAAAUCCAAACUAGGAAAUUCUUCAAAUUGUUAGCAGAACGACUUAAAGUGUUAUUUUUUGAAAAGAUGAAAUAAUGGAAGAAAUUCCUGAGUGAGAGGGAAAAAAAUUGAUAAUUGAUUAUGUAUAUCAUCUGUUAGAAAUUGAUAUUCUGUCACAUGAUUGUGGAGAAACACUGUGAAAGUUUGAUUUGAGAAUUGCCAGAAACAUUUUGUGUACUAUAUAUAGCUAUGUAUACUAUCUUAAUACUUUUGUAUGACCUAUGAAAUGCCAUUAUGUGUUCUUAUUGAAUUAUAAGCAGCAGUUCAUUAAUAGAAUUAUUUACAUUAGAUGAAAAUUCAUAUCAGUUAUAGAUAGAUUUCUAUGAGCAUAUUUUAGUGCUUAUUUUUAUGAAACAUGGUUAUUAUUCCAGAUGUUUGAUAGGAAAGGAAGGUAUCCAUAUGAGCAAUUCUUUUUUAUUUUUAUAAAGAUCUAUAGACCAAAGUUUUAUAUUUCACUAAAUAAGAAGGUAAGAUUUUAUGCCAUUUGGUGCUAAAUUCUUCAAUCUUUACAAUACUUUAUUUAAAGUAUUAACAGACUUUUUCAGAACCUCUUUAGUACAGAAUUAAGAAGUAGACAAUGUCUCAACAUGGGAUUGACAGGUAAAUUUCUAGUUACUUGUCCUGAAAGUUAACUCAAACAUGAUAAAGAAUACAACAUGGGGUAGAUAGGUAAAUUCCCUAGAUACUUGUCCUGAAAGUUAUCUUAAACAUGUUAAACAGGAUAAAGAAUACAACAUGGGGUUGAUAGGGGAAUUCUCUAGAUACUUGUCCUGAAAAUUAACUUAAACAGGACAAAGAAUACAACAUGGGGUUGAUAGGUGAAUUCUCUAGAUACUUGUCCUGAAAGUUAACUUAAACAGGACAAAGAAUACAACAUGUGGGUUGAUAGGUAAAUUCUCUAGAUACUUGUCUUGAAAGUUAACUUAAACAGGAUAAAGAAUACAACAUGGGUUGAUAGGUAAAUUCCCUAGAUACUUGUCCUGAAAGUUAACUUAAACAGGAUAAAGAAUACAACAUGGGUUGAUAGGUAAAUUUCCUAGAUACUUGUCCUGAAAGUUAACUUAAACAGGAUAAAGAAUACAACAUGGGUUGAUAGGUAAAUUCCCUAGAUACUUGUCCUGAAAGUUAACUUAAACAGGACAAAGAAUACAACAUGUGGGUUGAUAGGUAAAUUCUCUAGAUACUUGUUUUGAAAGUUAACUUAAACAGGAUAAAGAAUACAACAUGGGGUUGAUAGGUAAAUUCCCUAGAUACUUGUCUUGAAAGUUAACUUAAACAGGAUAAAGAAUACAACAUGGGGUUGAUAGGUAAAUUCCCUAGAUCAUGUAGAUACUUGUCCUGAAAGUCAACUUAAACAGGAUAAAGAAUACAACAUGGGUUGAUAGGUAAAUUCCCUAGAUACUUGUCCUGAAAGUUAACUUAAACAGGAUAAAGAAUACAACAUGAAG